AGUUGUUGCAUGACGUGGAAAGCAUGCUCAUGAUGAAGAGCAGCUCUCGGCUCUCCUAAUCCUUUGUCGGUGACUUGGAAGCAGUGACCGCCGCGCCUGCUCUUUCGACAUGUCUGGAUCUACGCAGCCCGUGACGCAGAGCUGGCGUGCUGCUGAGCCGCGCUACCCCCCGCACGCCAUGUCCUAUCCGGUUCAGAUUGCUCGACCGCAUGCGGACGUCGCGCUGUUGGAGUACCAGCAUCAUUCCAGGGAUUUCGCUUCCCACCUCCCGCCAGGGUCUAUCAUGCAGCCGCAGCGGCGGAGGCCGUCCUUGCUCUCCGAGUUCCAGCCAGGCAAUGAAAGAUCUCAGGAGUUGCAUCUGAGAACUGAGGCGCAUUCCUAUCUCUCUGACCUGACCAAGCCGUCGGACUUGGAGUUCAUUGAAACCAAGAGACCACGCCUGGAUCUGCUGCAGGACCCCCUGAUGCGGCACUCACCUCUCCUGAACCAGAGCCAGCAGGGAGGGACAGAGGAUCCCUCAAAGGAUCGUGGCCUGCCUGGCAAACUGGAGCCCGUGUCGCCUGUGAGCCCUGCUCACCCUGACGCUGAGCUGGACCUGCUGCCGGCCCGGCUGUCGAAGGAGGAGCUCAUACAGAACAUGGACCGCGUGGAUCGUGAGAUCACCAUGGUGGAGCAGCAGAUCUCCAAGCUGAAGAAGAAGCAGCAACAGUUGGAGGAAGAAGCAGCCAAACCACCAGAGCCUGAAAAACCCAUCUCUCCCCCUCCUAUCGAGUCCAAACAUCGCAGCUUGGUGCAGAUCAUCUACGACGAGAACAGGAAGAAGGCAGAGGCUGCCCACCGGAUCCUGGAAGGACUGGGUCCCCAGGUGGAGCUGCCAUUAUACAACCAGCCUUCAGACACCAGGCAAUACCAUGAAAACAUUAAAAUAAACCAGGCAAUGCGGAAAAAGUUAAUUUUGUACUUCAAGAGGAGAAAUCAUGCUCGCAAACAGUGGGAACAGAAGUUUUGCCAGCGCUAUGACCAGCUGAUGGAGGCCUGGGAAAAAAAAGUGGAGCGCAUCGAAAAUAACCCCCGGCGGCGUGCCAAAGAGAGCAAAGUGCGGGAAUACUAUGAGAAGCAAUUCCCGGAGAUUCGAAAGCAGCGGGAACUGCAAGAGCGCAUGCAGAGGGUAGGACAGAGGGGCAGCGGCGGGCUCUCCAUGUCGGCUGCGCGCAGUGAGCACGAGGUGUCAGAAAUCAUUGACGGGCUCUCAGAACAAGAGAACCUGGAGAAGCAGAUGCGCCAGCUCGCUGUCAUCCCGCCCAUGCUCUACGACGCUGACCAGCAGCGCAUUAAAUUCAUCAACAUGAACGGCCUCAUGGAUGACCCCAUGAAGGUCUACAAGGACCGGCAAGUGAUGAACAUGUGGAGUGAACAGGAGAAGGAGACGUUCCGGGAAAAGUUCAUGCAGCAUCCGAAGAACUUUGGCCUGAUCGCAUCGUUUCUGGACAGGAAGACGGUGGCAGACUGCGUCCUGUAUUACUACCUGACCAAAAAGAAUGAGAACUACAAGAACCUUGUAAGAAGGAAUUACCGGCGGCGCGGGAAGAGCCAGAUAAGGGCUAACAUUUUGGGCAGGUACCUUGUCCCCGCGGCUGCUUUCAGCCAGAGGAAGGUCCCGCUGGUGGAUCCCCAGGUCCAUGAAGUGAACGAUUAUUCACGUCAUGAGGAGAGGCCCACGUUCGCCUCCGUGCCUCGGAACGGGAACAUCCACCUGCCCUCUCCGGGGUGCCGAGAUUGCCAGGUACCGAGCAUGUGGUUGGGGCUGGUCAAGGGCUGUCACCCAGGGGCCGUCACAGAGGAGGAUGAAUGCUGGGGUGCCUGCACUGAGAAGUUGGCCCCUGAGUUCGGACUCGUGUUUCUCCAGCAGCGGGUCGAUGCAUCCUCCCGGCGAGCGCCCCACCACGCCUGCGCCCACCAGCAGCAGCAAAUGCCCCGGAGCAGCCAAGAAGAGAAAGAUGAAAAAGAGAAAGAAAAGGACAAGGAAGGAGAGAAGGAGGAAGACAAGCAGGAAACAGAAAAUGACAAAGAAGAACUGACAAAGGACAAGAACGACGACACAUCUGGGGAGGACAACGAUGAGAAAGAAACAGUCACCUCCAAAGGUCGCAAAACCGCCAACAGCCAGGGCAGACGCAAAGGCCGCAUCACCCGCUCCAUGGCAAACGAAGCCAACAACGAGGAGGCGGCUGCCCCGCAGCAGAGCGCGGAGCUGGCUUCUCUGGAGAUGAAUGAAAGCUCUCGCUGGACCGAAGAGGAGAUGGAGACGGCUAAAAAAGGUCUCCUUGAGCAUGGGCGGAACUGGUCGGCCAUUGCCAGGAUGGUGGGCUCCAAGACCGUGUCGCAGUGCAAAAACUUCUACUUCAACUACAAGAAGAGGCAGAACCUGGAUGAGAUCCUACAGCAGCACAAACUGAAAAUGGAGAAAGAAAGGAACGCCAAGAGGAAGAAGAAAAAAGGCACCGCCGUUCAAAACGAAGAAGCUGCCUUCCCUCCCGCAGCUGAGGACGAGGAGAUGGAGGUGUCGGGGACGAGCGGCAAUGAGGAGGAGAUGGCCGAGGAGGCAGAAGCUGCAGUAAAUAACAGCUCCGACACUGAGAGCAUUCCCUCACCAAGGCCCGAAGCCAAAGAAGGAGGCGAAAACGGGGCCAAGGCACCAGCCGGGCCGGGAGGCGACUCCGGCGCAGAACCAGCAGUCAAGUUGGAAGAGGCUCCAACACCCCCCGACGCUCCCCCCGCUCCCCCCGCCAACCCCGCUCCUGCCACCAGCCCUCCGCCGGAGGCAGCUCCCGAGCCGCCCAGCAGCGAGGAGAAGGUGCAGGAGGACCUGGUGGUGGACGUGGUGAAAACGGAGGAGCCAGAGGAGAAGGUGAGCGAAGAGCCCUGCAAGAGUGAGGUGAAGAAGGAGGAGAGUGAAGACAGCCAGGAGAAGGACAAGGGGAAUGACAAGAAAGCGGAAAGCGGCAUCAGCAGCGGAGGGACAGCAGGGACGGAGGGGACACCCAAGGCUGAGAAGAAGGAGAGCCAUAAAGGCAGUAAAGGCCCCGGGGUGAACCCCGACAGUGACUCCAGCGCGACCUGCAGCGCGGACGAGAUGGACGAGCAGGAUGCUGUGGACAAGAGCAGGUUGCUGUCCCCCCGGCCCAGCCUGCUCAACACCGCCAGCGAUGCCAGGCUGAACUCCUCGCCGCAGAAGCCGCUGGACCUGAAGCAGCUGAAGCAGCGUGCUGCUGCCAUCCCUCCCAUCCAGAUCACGAAAGCCCAUGAGUCUGCCCGUGAGGACGUGCCCCCAAGCAAGCUAUCGCAGUCCCAGCAGCAGGCUGAGAAGGAGCAGCAGCAGCCAAGCAGCAGUCCCAGGGGAAAGAGCAGGAGCCCCGCUGUUGGUGACAAGGAAGAAAAGUCCAUGCAUUUCUCAUCCAUCGCAGAGGCUCAGAAGCUGAGCACAGAGCCGAUGGCUGCCUCGUGCUGGCCCCCCGUCCUGUCCUACUCCCGGGAUGUGAUAAAGACCUCUCCCCAGGCAGAGCCCCACUUGUUUCAGUAUAACCCACCAGGACACCCCAUCCCGCUAAACCUACAUGAGAGCUCUCGCUCGGGGCUGCAGAGACUAGCGAGCAUCUCCAACCCUCCUCCCCUCAUCUCCUCCACCAAGCACCCCUCCGUGCUGGAGAGACCCGUCGGAUCCAUUUCCCAGGGCAUGCCCAUCCAGCUCCACACACCCUACAGCUCCGAGCACGCCAAGGUCCCCGUCGGCUCCAUCACCAUGGGCCUGCCGCUGACCAUGGAUCCCAAGAAACUGGUGCCUUUUCCUGGAGUAAAGCAGGAACAACUUUCUCCUAGAAGCCAGGCCAGCCAGCCGGAAAGUCUGGUUCUGCAGCCAUCCCAGGAGGGCUCCAUCCUGCGGGGUACUUCCCUCAGCUCUGCCUCGGGAGGAAGCAUCACCAAGGGAACGCCCACAUCCAGACCCCCUCCGGAGUCGCCCAUCACCUACCGAGGAUCCAUCACACACGGCACCCCAGCAGAAGUGCUGUACAAAGGAACCAUUACCAGGAUAAUCGGAGAAGACAGCCCCAGCAGAGCAGAGAAGGCAAGAGAGGAUGCCAUGCCCAAAGGACAUGUCAUCUAUGAAGGGAAGAAAGGCCACGUGCUGUCCUACGAGGGUGGAGUUGCUGCUUCUCAGUGCCCCAAAGAAGACAGCAGGAGCUCAGGAGCUUCCCAUGAGACCACAGGAACCAAGCGGACCUAUGAUAUGAUGGAGGGGAGGAUCAGCCGGGGCUUAUCAGCCCGUGAUACCUUAUCUGCCAGCAUUGAAGGUCUCAUGGGUCGAGCGAUCCCUCCAGACCGACACAGUCCCCAUAACCUAAAGGAGCAGCAUCACAUGCGGGGCUCAAUUACACAAGGAAUACCUCGGUCCUACGUGGAGGCCCAUGAGGACUACCUCAGAAGAGAAGCCAAACAGCUCAAAAGGGAAAACACUCCACCGAGGGACUUAUCUGAUGCCUACAAGGUCAGGUCUCACGAGGGCCUUACUCCUCUGAAAAUGAAACCAGCCCAUGAGGGCCUGGUGGCCACGGUGAAAGAAGCGGGAAGAUCAAUCCAUGAGAUUCCCCGGGAGGAGCUGAGGCGGACACCAGACAUCUCUCUGACGAGACCUCUGAAGGAAGGCUCCAUCACACAGGGUACCCCACUGAAGUACGACAGCAGCUCUUCCUCCUCGAGUACCAAAAAGCAUGACGUGCGGUCCAUCAUCGGCAGUCCCGGCAGGACUUUUCACUCUGUGCACUCACUGGACGUCAUCCAAGAUCCGAGGAAUCUGGAGAGAGCUUACGAAGAGAGCCUGAAAAACAGGCCAAGCCCAGUGACAAACUCGGGUGGCUCCAUUGCCAGAGGGGCUCCUGUGAUUGUACCCGAGCCGGGCAAGCCCCACCAAAGUGCCCUUGCCUACGAGGACCACCAGGCAGGGCACAGCACGGCGUUCGGCAGCCACUUGCACAGAGGGUCUCCAGUCUCCACACGGGAGUCCACGCCACGGCAGCACGAAGGGAGCAUCACUGCCGGGAAGCCAGUGUCCCAGGACAGAAAGAUCACCCCCACGUCAAGAGAGCUCACCAACUCCAAGUCUCCGCAUGCCCCCGUGGCCGACCACCACCACCCCAUCUCCCCGUACGAGCACCUGCUCCGUGGCGUGAGCGGGGUUGACCUGUACCGAGGGCACAUCCCGCUGGCUUUCGACCCUGCCGCCAUCCCGAGGGGAAUCCAACUGGAAGCAGCUGCUGCUUACUACCUGCCGAGGCAUCUGGCUCCGAGCCCCACGUACCCCCACCUCUACCCCCCAUACCUCAUCCGGGGCUACCCGGACACAGCCGCCAUGGAGAACCGACAGACCAUCAUCAACGACUACAUCACAUCGCAGCAGAUGCACCACAACGCCGCCGCCACGGCCAUGGCACAGCGGGCGGACAUGCUGCGCGGCUUGUCGCCCCGGGAGCCCUCCCUCGCCCUCAACUAUGCAGCAGGUCCUCCCGGCAUCAUUGACCUGUCCCAAGUGCCACACCUGCCCGUCCUCGUGCCCCCCACCCCCGGCACCUCCGCCACCACCAUGGACCGCAUCACCUACAUCCCCGGGCCCCCCCAGACCUUUGGCAGCCGGCACAGCAGCUCCCCGCUCUCCCCAGGAGGCCCCACGCACAUGACCAAACAGUCAGGAUCAUCGGUGUCCGAGCGGGAACGUGAACGGGAGCGGGAACGAGAGAGGGAGCGUGAAAAAUCCAUCCUAGCAUCCACGACGGUGGAGCAUGCACCCAUCUGGAGACCAGGUACAGAGCAGUCCAGCAGCCGUUCGUCCUCACACUCGCACAGCCACCAGCACUCUCCUGUCUCACCCCGUGCCCACGAGACAAUCCAGCAGCGCCCCAGCGUGCUCCACAACACGAGCAUGAAGAUCAUCUCCUCGGAGACCCCCACCCCUUCCGUCCUGCGAUCCUCCUCCACUACUACCACGUCGCCGAUCCGCUCUGCCGCCUUCCCCUCCACCCUGCGCUCCUCCAUCAGCACGGCGGAUGGCUACGCGGCCCUGAUGGACCCGGCUGCCCUGCAGAAAGAGGCCUCGCGGGCACGGGAAGCCAAGGCAGAACGACCCCAGACUGACAACAACGUCUUCACCUCAAAGCUGCCCAGUGGGGCCAACCUUGAACAGUCACCUUCACCCAUUAAAGCCAUGGAGUCAAGACCUUUACCUGGCUCCGGACCUGGUUCUUCUCAUCACUAUAGCAGAGGACAGGGGAAAAGUCAGCAGCACCAUCACCCUCUGGACCAGCAGCACGCAGCCUCGGGCCCCGAGCAGCACAGUAGAGAAAAGAGUCAAAGUAAACCCUUUUCAAUGCAGGAACAGGAGCUCCGAGCACUCGGCUUUCACGGAGGCUACAGCCCUGAGCGGAUGGAAGCAGUGAGUCCCGUGAGCUCGCCCAACCUGUCGCAUGAGAAGGGGGCCAAGCUGCUGCAGGAUGCAGAGAAAGGGCACGGGGACCAUGACCUGAGGCAGAAACAGCAAGGCUCGCUGAAGGCCUCGGCUCCCGAAGCAGCCCACCUGCAGCACCUCCGGCAGUCCGACGGCCCCCAGCCCCAGUGCCAGCCCCUGCAGUCCAGCCAGAGCAUCAAGGGCAUGAACCAGCGGGUGGUCACACUGGCCCAGCACAUCAGUGAGGUCAUCACGCAGGACUACACACGCCAUCACCCGCAGCAGCUCAACUCCCACAUCCAGACCCCGGUGUACUCCUUCCCCGGGGCCACGUGCCCCGUGCUGGACCUGCGCCGCACCCCCAGCGAGGCGUAUCUGCAGCAGCAGGAGCACGCAGCGGCCUCCAGGAUCUCCCCACAGAAUGAAGGCGGCAAAAGGUCCCCAGAGCAGAGCAAAGCCUCAGCUGGGAGCGGGUCGGACAACUGUAUCGAGCCGGUCUCUCCACCAGACGGCGUGGGAGAAUCGGAGCACGCCAAGAGCGCCACGUACCCGAUCCUGUACCGCGAGGGCGAGCAGAUAGACCAGAGGAUGGGGUCCAAGUCCCCAGGAAACAACACUCAGCCUCCAGCUUUCUUCAGCAAGCUGACUGAGAGCAACUCUGCCAUGGUGAAGUCCAAGAAACAGGAGAUCAUCAAGAAGCUCAGCACGACCAACAAAAAUGAAACGGAGUACAAUGUUGGGCAGCCUGGAACAGAGAUUUUCAAUAUGCCGGCAAUUACCGGAGCAGGGCUAAUCAGUUGUAGGAGCCAGUCGGUCCAAGAGAAUUCCAGUACCAACAUGGGGUUGGAGGCAAUAAUUAGGAAAGCCCUAAUGGGAGGAGGAGGGAAGCCAAAGAUCGCUGCCAGACCCAACAGCCGCAAGGCCAAGUCCCCGGCGCCAGGUCUGUCCUCGGGCGAGCGGCCGCCCUCUGUCUCCUCAGUGCACUCAGAAGGGGACUGCAACCGGCGGACGCCCCUCACCAACCGCGUCUGGGAGGACAGGCCGUCAUCCGCAGGUUCGACGCCGUUCCCCUACAACCCGCUCACCAUGCGGCUCCCCAGCGGGGGGGUGACAGCAGCCCCCACCGCCCCCCUGCCGCAGGGGACCCCCAGCAGCCAGCACCACGCCUGGGACGAGGAGCCCAAGCCCCUGCUCUGCUCCCAGUACGAAACCCUUUCGGACAGUGAAUGA